UAAUGCGAUGUUGACCUUGUGAAGAUGACUGUGGACAAACCUCUCCUGAGUGCUGAAAUGACUGCAAUGUUGUUCGUCGUGCUCCUGCUGAUGAGCAACGCCGGGUCAGUCUCAGCACAGUUUAAUGGAUACAACUGUGACGCAAACUACCACAGCAGGUUUCCUGGUGAGCGGGAUAUCAAUGUGUACUGUGGAGUUCAAACCAUCACCUUAAAGAUCAACUUCUGCCCUGUGCUCUUCUCCGGCUACACCGACGCAGACUUGGCCCUGAACGGUCACCAUGGUGACUCCCAAUGUCGUGGCUUCAUCAACAACAACACCUUUCCCACAGCAGUCCUGUUCAGCAUCAGUCUGAGCACUCUGGAGGCCUGCGGGAACAGCCUGGUGGUCAGCACAGCUUACGGGGCCAAUGCCUAUGGGAACAUGUCUCUGGUACAAAUUGGGAAUGUCUCCGGCUAUAUCGACACGCCUGACCCGCCGACUAUAAUCAGCUACCUGCCUGGUUUGUUGUAUAAAUUCAGCUGCAGCUACCCACUGGAAUACUUGGUCAAUAACUCACAGCUGGCAUCCUCCUCUGCUGCUGUGUCAGUUAAGGACAGCAACGGUACAUUUGUGAGCACGUUGAAUAUGAUCCUGUACAAUGAUUCAACCUACAAUCAACCUCUCUCAAUUCCACUGACUGGACUGGCUUUGAAAACCAGAGUAUUUGCUGCUGUUAAAGCCACAAACUUGGACAAACGGUGGAACAUCUUGAUGGACUACUGUUAUGCGACCCCCUCAGGGAAUCCUAAUGAUGAACUCCGCUAUGACCUUUUCUUCGGCUGCUACAAAGACCCCCAAACAACAGUUUUUGAGAAUGGUAAGAGCCAGAUGGGACGAUUUUCUUUUGAGGUUUUCCGUUUUGUUAAACACAGACAUCAAAAGAUGUCAACAGUGUUUUUGCACUGCGUCACCAAGCUGUGCCGGGCUGAUGACUGCAUCAUGCUAAUACCAAUUUGUGGACGACGGCGCAAGCGAGAUGUAGAGGAGAGCCUUGAUUCUCCACCAGCAGCAUCCGGGAAUGCUGUACUCACUGCCGGGCCAAUCAUCACCAGGAGUGAUGAAACUCCUGCCAACAACUCCCAACUUGCAUCUGGUGCUCCCUCCCACUCAAUGAACCCUGUGACCAGUGCUCUGAUUGCAGGUGUGGUCAUUCUGGGUGGAGUCAGUGUGGGCUUCUUGCUGUUUUCGGUCCGUCUCCUGCAAAAGUCUCGCCUGCCCACAACUGCAGCCUCAGGUGUUUGGAACCCCAGCUUUAAAUGAAUAAACAUCUGUAUAUUAUAACAUCUUGGUACUGACUGUAUGUGGAAAAUAUUAUCCAAAUAUAUAGUGUAUAUAUAUGCAAGUGUGCUCUUCCUUUUGCACAUAUUAAAUGUGUAUAUUAAACCUAUUGUUUUAGGUUUGUGUUAUUGCCUUUAAUACCUCAUCAUUGUUGUUAUUCAUGUUGCUGUCAAUUUAAGUGUUUAUAGGUGCUUUCUGCUCAUAACUCUGAUGC